CGAAUGGGGGUAGCACUCAAUGCUGUGGGCCCCCAACCACUAAGAAGUGCUUGCCCAACGGGAAUGCCAGAGGUGGGAAAUGUCUUUAUUUCACAUGGUUUCUUCUGACCUGCCUUCCUCACGACUCCACAGACAAGCUCAUCUAGAAGGAGCCUGGGAUCCGGUGAUCGGUUGACCGACUGGCCGAUUCUGUGAAGUCAACUGGCAAUUCUCAGGGAUAAAACGGCUCUCCCCAAUAACAACGAAGCAAAUCAGAGCGAGCCCAGAGCCUUCAAAACAAAGAUAGAAAAGCCACAUUAUUUACUCAGAAUCUUCUAGCAAGUCAUUCUUAGCAGUUUUGGCAGACACCACAGAUCCAGUUUCUACUUCUCUUCCUAAACGUGUACAAGCUAUGGGCAGCGAUACGCAGCAAGAGAAAAGUGCGGGUCGGCCUCCCUGGGCGCGGGCUUUCCGGAGGAAAUCAGAAACCUCCAGGUGCUGGCGGUGCAGGAGCUGGCAGCCCCGCCAGGACCCGCCCAGGCCCCUCCAGCUCCAGGUUCUCAAGAGCAACGUUUUAAUCUGUGACCCCCGGAGCUCCCGCAAAGCUGCCCCCGCAUACGCCAGCGCCCCCAGAAGCUCGACCAGACUUGAUGGAGAAAACUGCCAAGACGGGAGGAAAAGCACUUCUUACCAAAAGGUCUCUUUUGCAGGGCUCUGGUCUCUACUCCCCCCAACGAGACAGAGCAAAACCCGGAAUGUUAACCGGGCUUCCCCGGUCUCCGGAUUUCUAGAACGGUCAGUUUUCGAAAAGAAAGAAAUGAGGCUUUUCAACGUUUUAUUCGGCCUGGCACGGAGCGGCACGAAGUCCUGCUGCCGAGCACUGAGGGCAACCGCACGCUUUUCAGUGAAAGACCUCCGGCAGCCCGCGCCCCUUCCCCGGCCCACCCCGUGCAACGGCCCUGCCCUCCCCCGGCGGGAGCGCCCCACCCGCGGCGUCCCGCGAACCCGAGGGCGCCCCAGCCUCGGGGGGCGAGCGAGCGCCGGGCGGGAGCGCCCAGGCCGGCGGGCGGGGCGCCGAGCUCUUACCCAGGCACAGCAGCAGCGCGGGGCCGCGGGGGGCACGGGGGGCGCGGCGCGGCUCCAUCCUCCUUCCCGCGGCGAGCGGCGAGCGGCGAGCGGCGCAGGGGCACGGGCUGCGGGGCCGAGGCGGCGGGAGCGCACGGCGGGGGCGGGACCCGCGGGCGGCGGCGCGGCGGCUGGAGCGCGGCGGAGAGCCUGGACGGGCCACCCGACGGCCGCGGCCCCGAGCCGGGGAGCGGGGACCCGACGGAUCGGCCUGCUCUGGGGGUCCCCUGCCCUGGACUGCGCGGUUUUAGCUGCUCUGCGGGACAGGCCCAACUUGCAUGGGUCCGCGCACCGGCCCGCGCUGCCCUCGCUGCGUGCGCUUCGGAGAGCCUUGCGCGUGGGGGCCUUGUCACGCCUCAAGUCGGUCUUUCCCGUCUAUACCUCCCCUCCCAGCCGCUCUGCUUCAGCUGGGGGCAGGCGUCUACCUUUGACCCUCAAAGUCUAG